UCAGCUCUUGCUCUCACAGUCGCAGUGAUAGUCUUAUAUAGUUAGAUUAGCAAAAUAAAAUAAGUGUAAAAAUACAUUUAAUACAUAUGCUGAUAUGCAUUUACGUGAAUCCAAUUGUUCAUUGAAUAACUAAAUAUUAAAUUGAUUUUUAACUGAGAGGAUUCAUUGUUUAACGAGAAGUCCAAAGAGCAGAUGUACUUUCAAAUAAAAUGAAAAAUUUAAGACAACAUUAAACCAAAAAAAAAAAAGUAAAAAUAAAAGACACCUUUGUUUGCACACAAUUUACGCCUUCUCUCUAUCUAUUUAUAUGUACAUACAUUCACUUUCACCAGAAUCUCAUCAACACACAGUCUCUCUCUAGCUUAAGAAAAAAAACACGAAACACUUUGAGUUCCAUAUAACCGUCUGUUGUCUUCUCUAAGUCACAAAAACCCUAAAAGCCUUCAAUAUGAACAGUUUCGAGCCACAAACCCAAGACUCAUUGCAAAGAAGGUUUCAUCAAGACAACACCACCACACAUCAACCUCGUGACACCACGACACCUUUCAUAUCCAAACCGGCUUCGAAAAACCAUAACAAUAGCAACUCCAGCUCCGAAGCGGCCGGUAGAUCAUUCCAAGGGUUUGGCCUUAACGUGGAGGACGAUCUAGUUUCAUCGGUGGUUCCUCCGGUUACGGUUGUGCUCGAGGGACGUUCGAUUUGCCAACGCAUAAGCCUAGACAAGCAUGGGAGUUAUCAGAGCUUGGCUUUGGCUCUAAGACAAAUGUUUGUCGAUGGGGCUGAUUCGACAGACGAUCUUGAUCUGUCAAACGCCAUUCCUGGCCAUCUUAUUGCUUAUGAAGACAUGGAGAACGAUCUCCUUCUUGCCGGCGAUCUUACAUGGAAGGACUUUGUUCGUGUAGCAAAGAGAAUUCGAAUCUUGCCGGUCAAGGGAAACACAAGAAAAGUGAAAAGAAACGAGUGAAGAGAAAGACCGUUUUGGCAACGAUGUUUUGUAACAGCCCAUGUCGGUGAAUCCUAAUGGCAUUAUUGUAAGAUUAUCAUCGGAUGUGUUUGCUUCUUUGUUCACUUACAAUAUGAUAAAAACAAAUUGAAUCGACGAAAAAGUUGACAAA